GCUGCCAGCUUGCCUUUUCCCUUAGUCACAGUAUAAUUCAGCGCUCAGCACGUCUUUCGACAUACCCACUGCGAUCUCAUUGGACUUACUUUCUAUAUUCUCAUGGGAAACGGAGCUAAAGCCGCACAAAAACGCGAACGCAACAAUGCCAAAAAUGACCCCAAAGGAUCAAAGAGUCAGGCUAAGGUCAAUGAAGCAGCCAAGAAUAUCAUCUGUCAGACGUGCAAGCAAACUUUUCUGCUGACCACGCGUGCACCUGCAUUAGAAGAACAUGCGCAGAACAAACACUCUAAGACUAUGUCCGAGUGCUUUCCUGGCGUUCCCAAGUAGACUAUGAGGGAACAGCAUUUGCCCCCGCAUUCUGUAAUUUCUCUCCUACUUUCUUGUUCACUUCAAAAAACCCCGCCACACAUCUGUCAAUGCACACACUUCCGCCCUUGUUGAGGCCACCCUCCGAAUAGCGUGGACUGAUACAUUGGUUGUAACUGGCGACCAAGUCAUAUAUGAGGAUAUUAACACGAAUAAAAAUGCGUCGACAGUAUGAUAUGAUGCGGUUAAACACAUCAGUGAUCAUCUCAAUCCUGUAAGAGAGUGAGGUUCGUAAGAGGUAUAGAGUAUAAGAAAAUGAAUGUAUUCAUUUAUGGCCAUGUCCAUAUGCUCAU